GUUGGAUCAAGAGCAGGAUGGAUGACCGAAUAGAAACUCCACUUAUUCUAGCUAGCUACUUUAUGUGUUUGUUUGUUUUAAGAGAAUAUGCGGCGAGAGAGUUGCAUGCUAGAGAGUUUGCAAAGAAAGUGUCUUUUUCUAUUGUUUGGAGCAGCAAUGAUUUAGGUCCCUGAUACCAAACAAUAUAUCAAAUCUAUUUGAUUAUUUUAACGGCUUAGAUUACCUCAACUCUAGUGAAUGCAGCUAAUUCAUAUCCAAACACCGCAGCUUUGAACUUAACUGACCGGAAAACGCAGCGGAGUUGGCCGUCAACCGCGAUUUGCGGCCAUGAUUGACAGCAUAGAUCUAACAUUUCUUGGACCAAACUGUGGAUUCUCAUAACUUCAAGGAUAAAGAACAUUACUUUACAUAAUGUUUCGUUCUUUAUUUGCUACUGCAAGAAAUUCUGGUUUCCUUCAUAGUGUUCAACAAGGGUAUAUUUAUCAACAGAAAUUUAGUUUGGUUAAUAUAAAGUUGAAAUGGGUCAAAGAUAGAACAAUGGAUUCUGUUGUUGUAGGUAAAAGGGAUCUUAAGGCAGCUGGGAUCCUUGUUUCAAUUAUUUAUUCUUCUUCUGAAUGUUGCGUUCCUAUAUACCGUCUUUCUCGUCAUCGCGGACAACUUGGACUUCCCGAUGAUCUUAAACUCGCUGCUUUUAUUAGAAGAUAUCCUAAUAUUUUUGUUGAGUCGUCUUUUCUUGAUAGUGGCGGCUCUCCUGUUCCAUGUUUUGGAUUGAGUCGCGAAGCGUUGAAGAUCCAUCGAGAGGAAGUUGACGUACUUUGGGAAAAUCGGUUUGAAUUUAGGGAUAGGUUAUGCAGAUUGCUUAUGCUUACAAGAGAUUGGAUGCUUCCGCUACAAACCAUUGAUCAGUUGAAAUGGGAUUUGGGUUUACCUUAUGAUUACCAGCAUUCUUUUGUUAUGAAUCAUCCCGAAAGAUUCUCUUUUGUUCGCCUCCCUGACGACCGUGUUGGUUUGAAAUUGUUAUUUUGGGAUGACAGACUUGCAAUCUCAGAGUUAGAGAAGAAUGCUUCUCGGCAACAACAGGAAGAAGACAUUAAAAAUCGAACCUUUGCAUUUCCGAUUAGUUUCACAAGGGGUUUUGGUUUGAAAAGGAAAUGCAUGGAAUGGUUGAAAGAGUGGCAGAAACUUCCUUAUACUUCGCCUUACACUGAUGCCUCUCAUUUGGAUAUUCGAACUGAUAUAUCUGAGAAGAGGGUAGUUGGAGUCUUUCAUGAGCUCCUUCACCUUACACUUCAUAAACAAACCGAGCGUAAGAAUGUUAGCAACUUACGCAAACCCUUGGCCUUACCGCAGAAGUUCACUAAAGCGUUUGAGCGUCAUCCUGCUAUUUUUUACAUUUCCAUGAAGAAUGACACACAAACAGUUGUUCUGAGGGAGGCAUACAAUGGCGGGGAACUCGUGCAGAAACAUCCCCUUGUGAAAAUUAGAGAGGAAUUUGCAAGUCUACUGAAGAAAGGUCUACUUGAUAGGAGUAGGGGUGUAUACAAGAAAAGUAUAGAUGCUAAUUUGGUUGGGGAAGUUUGAAAGGAAGUUUGCAUUGCCGAAAAAAGUAACCUGUUUAAUUCUUAGGAUGAAUCAGAUUAGAUGUUAUUAUAAAUAUGGUUCAGAUGGCCAGCUACAUAGCACUUGCUAAUAUAUGUUAAGGUUGUUUUUUCCUUUGACAUCAUGUUAAUGUGGUUUGGCUUAGUAAGACUCUUGAAAUGCCUUGAUGGGAUGCUUUGGUCGCACUGUUCGACUUCUUGCACUUAACUUGUGAAGACCUAUCAGUAAACCAAGUAUGUUAGCAGUGCUAUGAUCUUAGCAAGGGAGGGAAGGGAUUUCAUCUUAAUAUUAGAUGUAAUAAUAUUAUGGAAUAAGGGUGCAUGCUCAAUCUGGUUAGAGGAUUGGUGGCAUGGAUGAGAUGGACACACUGACACAUGUACAAUUGCAACUGAAUUUGACUGCAAGAAAAUUUUGUUCCAAAUUGUCUCAAAAUCUUUAUAGGAAUUGAAAUUUUGAUACAAUAAAUAUCAGAUUGACUAUAAUUGUAGAGCUCAUUCCUUUUGUAAGCUGAUAAUGAUAUACUUUUUCAGGGAGUUUCAAAAGGAGGUUUACUGCCAUUAUCUAUUCUUAAGACAAAAAAUCAGAUGAACUUUUUCAACA